AUGAAUGAACUUAAUUACCUUGCUAAUGUGAAUAUUUCUCACGAAAUAUCUCCAACACCAAUCAAUAAAAUAUCAAUUAUUAAUUUGCCCUCUACAUCAUCAGAUGCCAAAACUGGAUCAAAAUUGAUAAGUAAAAUUUAUUUAAUUAAAAUGCUCUUCUUGAAAGCAAAGGUCACGAUCAGGAAUGUUGAUUGGCCUUUAAGCAAAUGA